AUGUUUGUGCUACUGGUCCAGGCCUCUAGCGGAUCGGGAGGUGGCGACGGAUUCGGGGAUGGCCGCGGAAUAGGAGGCGGCUUCGGGCGCCCGUAUCCAACCGUCGGCCCGGGAGAUGGCAACGGAAUGGGAGGCGGCUUCGGGAGAGGAGGAGGCAGCGGACGCCCGGAUCCAAGCGUCGGAUCUGGAGGGGGUGACGGUUUCGGGGAUGGCGACGAAAAGUAUUCAGACCUUGGCGACGAGCGUAAGCUGCUUCUCGACAAUCUCAGUGAAAACAUCAACGAGGACAACCUCAAAGAGCACUUUGGGAAAUACGGGGAAAUCGAGGAUGUUUUCGUCAGCAUUGAUCCCUUCACACAGAAGUGCGGUGGGUUUGGGUCCAUUACAUUCAGGAGCAAGGCCAUAGUGGAAACCGUCAUGGCCAGCAGUCCACAUCUGCUGGAUGGCAGCAAAAUAGUAGUGUCGAGAGAUCAAGAGGAUCGGAACGUGACUGGUCCAGACGGUGGCAAUGUGGUUGAGGACCGUUAUGCUCCUCACAGGAGGCCUAGAGACCGUGGCCGUGGCGGUGGUUCCCGUGGCGGUGGCCGUGGAGAUCACCGUGGGCGUCGCCGUGGGCGUGGCCGUGACUAUCGCGAGGCCACUCAGUGACGACUGAAGCUGUGUAGUCGACAGCUUUGGUGGAAGUUCUGACAGCGAUCCCAAUGGAGAGAGGGUGUCUAUCUAUAGAUGCGGUGGUGAUGACAAGCAUAUUCUUUAUCAAACCUUUAUAUUUAUUAUUCAACCUUGAAAAUUACAUCUCUGCGGCCUUGGGAUUAUCUGUAAAACAAAAUCAACAAAGGUUUAGAAAUCACCACAAAAUACGCUCAAAAUAAGCCCGACAUGUUAUGUCUGCUUGAGACUUAGGCUGUGGUGUUCCGGUCAAGGCGGCACAUAAAACAUUUUGUUCUUUUUGUAAACGACUAACCACAUUCAGGGGCAGCACUGCCCAAUAUUUAUAACAAUGGUUUCCUGUAAUGAUCAUCCGUAGUGUUUAACCGCAAGUACAUGUUAGACGAUACAUAACUUUUAUACUUUUCUUUGUAAUGACCAUCUGUAGUCGUUGGAAUAAAUGGGAUACAAUUUUUGUCAAUUAAGAACACCGUUUGCAUCCGUUUUUUCUGUAUUGUAGUCAACACUCU